CGGCAGGGAGCCGGGAAGGAUGGGGGCACCGGCACGGCCCGCUUUCGAGCCGGGUCCGCCACGGCCCGGGAGGGCUCUUCAUGAGCCGUGGUCGCUCGAGCUCGGGAGGGGAAGGCUCUCCGCUUCUCGGUGUAGCCUUUCCGCCACCGGAGCCUGAAAGGAAAAACGACUUGGCGUGGAACUUUCACUUUUUGUAUACGUGCUGAUGGCUACACUUCACCCUCUGAGGUGUUCGGAGGAGCUUUCAUUCUGUCCUUAGUGUGUUGACUGCCCGCCAUGUGGGAAAAAAACGGGACGGACCUUACAUUUCCUGACUCGAAGUCUGGGCAAGAAAUGUUAAAAUGUAGGAAACAUUAAAUGGGCUGGAGCGGUGGCUCAGGGAAGAUGGAGAAGCUUCCUAGAGAGGUUAGAGCUCCAGAGCCAGCAGAAGUGACCAAGAAAAGAACAGCCCACACAGCACACUGGAAACCCUUUUCAGGAGGAAGCUGUCCCAGUAUGAAAAACUGAGACCCGAGAAGGGGGAGGGGUAACAACCUUUUUAGGCUGGAGGCCGAGACAGGAGGAUUACUGUAGGUUCCAGGCCAGCCUAGACUACACAGGGAAACCAUAUCCGGUCUCCGGCGAAAGAAAACUAAAAAAACAUUUUUAUUAUUCCGGUGAUCGAAUGAGGAGGAGCUUGGUGUUGUCAAACAAGCAUCUCCCAAGGCCAGACUGAACUACCUAAACUCUGUCUCAAAAUGAGAAACAUUCUGGAGGAGGAUCAACUUUGAAAUUCAAAACCAUGGAAAAGACUGAAGAAAAGGCACAGCGGAUUCUUCUAGAGCCCUAUCGCUACUUACUCCAGCUACCAGGUAAACAGGUGAGAACCAAACUUUCUCAGGCAUUUAAUCAUUGGCUGAAAGUUCCAGAAGAUAAACUACAGAUCAUCAUUGAAGUGACUGAAAUGCUGCAUAAUGCCAGCUUACUCAUCGAUGACAUCGAAGACAGCUCCAAGCUCCGACGUGGCUUUCCAGUGGCACACAGCAUCUACGGAAUUCCGUCUGUCAUCAAUUCUGCCAAUUACGUCUAUUUCCUUGGCUUAGAGAAAGUCUUAACCCUUGAUCACCCAGAUGCCGUGAAGCUUUUUACCCGCCAGCUUCUGGAGCUCCAUGAGGGACAAGGCCUGGACAUUUACUGGAGGGACACUUACACUUGUCCCACUGAAGAAGAGUAUAAAGCCAUGGUACUGCAGAAGACAGGUGGUUUAUUCGGACUGGCAGUAGGCCUCAUGCAGUUGUUCUCUGAUUACAAAGAUGAUUUAAAGCCACUGCUUAACACACUUGGGCUCUUUUUCCAGAUUAGAGAUGAUUAUGCCAAUCUACACUCCAAAGAAUACAGUGAAAACAAAAGUUUUUGUGAAGACCUGACUGAAGGAAAGUUCUCAUUCCCUACUAUUCAUGCCAUUUGGUCAAGGCCAGAAAGCACACAAGUACAGAACAUCUUACGCCAGAGAACAGAAAACACAGAUAUUAAAAAAUACUGUAUGCAAUAUCUUGAGGAUGUAGGUUCUUUUGAAUACACUCGGUGCACACUUAGAGAGCUUGAAGCUAAAGCCUACAAACAAAUCGAGGCCUGUGGUGGGAACCCUGCACUGGUGGCUUUAGUAAAGCACUUAAGUAAGAUGUUCAAAGAAGAGAAUGCAUAAUUAGCCAUUCUUGAAUGGACUCACAGCUUCUUUUAGUCAGUCAGGGUUCUGUUUUUGUUUUUGUCAUUUAACCUAAGCUAAGUCUCCAAAAACAAUAAAUGAGGGUGAUGUGAGUGAAAGUGUUUCAAUGUAGAAAUCCCUUCGUAUGAAAAUACAAAAUUGAAGUUUCAGAAGGAGCCAGGUUCGCAGCUACCGAACGUGAGCAUCAGAAGAUAGUUGCUCCAGCUCUGCCUUUCUCCUAUCUACUCUGCUGCCACAGAUGUUCUGGGUUUGUCAAUAAAAAAGACAUCCUCUAGGAACUCCCUGCUUCCCAAC